AUGAAGGGCACAUUAAUUCUCUCUGGCCUUUUGGCCACAGCUGUCUCGGCUCACAUGCAAUUGAGCAAGCCGUACCCUAUCCGCAGUCCCCUCAACAAGGACGGCAAGGGUGAAAAGGAUUAUUCUUACACCAACCCUCUCUCGAGCUCCGGUAGCGACUACCCAUGCAAAGGCUACGCCAAUGAUGAAUUUGAGGCUGUCGCUACGUGGCAACCAGGGUCCUCCCAAGAGAUGACAUUGGAAGGUAGUGCCGUGCAUGACGGCGGCUCAUGCCAGCUCUCCCUGACCUAUGACAAGGGUAAGACCUUCAAGGUCAUUGAGUCGAUUGAGGGUGACUGCCCUAUUGCCAAGAAGUACCAAUUCGAUAUCCCAUCUGACGCACCAAGCGGUGAUGCUCUCUUCGCUUGGACCUGGUUCAACAAGGUUGGCAAUCGCGAGAUGUACAUGAACUGUGCUAUGAUCACCAUUGGUGGCUCCAGCAACCGCAACGCUAAUGUCCACUCCGAAGACCGUGAGGUCAAGCACGCCCCAAAGCUCGACGGCAAGCCCACCCACAAGGGGCCCAACAAAAAUGCCAACGGCCAGACUAAGAAUGCCAAGAGCAGCUUCGAUAGCCUCCCUGACCUGUUCGUUGCGAACGUCAACCAGGCUGGCAAGUGUGUGACUAUCGAGGGUCAGGCUGUGCACUUCCCCAACCCCGGCCCCAAGCUCAUCGGUAAGGCCGAUGGCCCUGGGUAUAAAUGCGCCGAUGACCAUGUUCCCUUCCUCAAGAACAGCUCCAAGUCCGAGCACAAGCCUGAUACCACAAGCACCACCAACAAAUCCGAGAAGAAGCCCGCUACUACUAAGGCCAUGUCCAAGGUUGCCCAGGCCUUCGGUAAUGCCCCUGUCCCCGCCGCUGCCCCCGCCCCCGUUGACACCCAUGUGUUAUCUACCGAGGCCUCUGUCAACAACCACUUCAGUGAUUACGUCGGCCAAUGGUCUUGCCACUCUGGGGAUAUCAUCUGUGCACCCAAUGGUCUGUCCUUUGCCUUGUGCACCAACGGCAAACCCAUUUUCAUGGGAUCUGUCGCUGCUGGUACUAUAUGCCGCUGGGGCGUUAUUACUGCUCGCCAUUAA